AAGAACAUUUCACUAUUGGAAAUGGAUAAUUAUGGGAGUUCUCAUGCUGUUUUUAGCCAUAAUUAUUGUUAUUAUUGGAGUUUUACUCACAAGUUCCGAGCCUCAACCUCUUCAAAAGACAGCUAACCCCUUAACUAUAACAGAAUGUGGACAAAUUCAGGGCCUUAUUCAAGAUGGAGUCUAUGUUUUCAAAGGCAUUCCCUACGCCCUUCCCCCCACUGGUGAGCAUCGAUGGAAGCCACCCCAGCCAGUAGCUGCCAUUGAAGACUGUUGGAAUGGCAUUUUUAUGGCCCACAACAUGAGUAAGUCUUGCUACCAAAAAGGGUCUUUAAUUUCUCAUCAGGACUUCAGUGAAGACUGUUUGUAUCUGAAUGUGUACACUCCUAGUUUGUCUCACCACCAGCUUCGUCCCGUUAUAGUUUACAUUCCAGGCUAUUCACUACAGGGGUCUUACGUAGAUUUGGAGUGGCAACCCAAUCCCAUAUUAGCCAAAGAGAAAGAUGUCUUACUUGUUACUUUUAAUUACCGAUUGAAUGUGUUUGGCUUCAUGACUCUGAAGGUGCUAUCAGACGCUGUUCGGCCUCCUACCUCCGGAAACUACGGUUUCUAUGAUCAAAUCGCAGCUCUCAAGUGGGUGAAGAGGAAUAUCAUCCAUUUUGGAGGAGAUGCAAAAAAAAUAACAGUAUUAGCUCAUGGUUCUGGAGCUACGGGGGCUGUCUAUCUCCUGAGCUCCUUGAAAAGUCGGAAUUUAUUUAGCCAGAUGUGGAUCACGGGGCCGUCUGCUCAGUUCCCUGACAAAACACUCCAACAAGUUCAGUUAGAAAAUUUGCAGUUUCUCAGGAACUUGAACUGUGACACAAGGGAGUGUCUACUAAUCAAAACGCCGGAAGAGUUACUGAACGCAAUGCCAGAUUCCUGGUCUGCUGAUCAUCUCACUGACCUGCCGUCCACGAUGGAUCGUUCUUUGAGUCCAAUAGCUGUCAUCGAUGGCGUCUUAGUAUAUGACGAUCCUUUUACCAUGUGGAAAGACGGAACGAUCAACGAUGUCCCGAUCGUUAUAGGAAGUGCAGCUCAAGAAAUUGGACUGUGGAGUGGUGAUCGUCAGGGUUUGAAUACAUGGACUUGGGAAGAUUUCAUUGAUUAUGUCAGACAGAGAUUAGAUACUAUAGACACUAAUUUGACGAACGCAGUAUUGGACUAUUACGUAAGAAACUCGUCUACCCCAAAGAUGCAGUUUUAUACAAUGGUCUCAGAUGUUCGAGCUGUUUGUCCUAUCCAGGACUUGACCGACAAGGCAUCUAACCAGCUAGAAUCCAGUGUUUAUUCCUACAUUAUCGACUACAUUCCCAGUAAGGCCAUUAAAAUUGCAAACAAAACUCUUCCUCAAGUUGCCUUCAGUGGAUUAGACAUUAUAGCCAUCUUUGAUUUGCUCCAUAAAUACAUUUUUGAGCCCACUGAUGCGGACAUUAAGUUCCAAAGAAUCAUACAAGAACUUUUCUAUACGUUCGUUCAUACUGGUAAACCUUUCCUUGGUUAUUCUCCACUGAAAAAAGCAGCUUAUAUCAACUUUAUUGGAGAGGUUGUUAAUGCGAAGAUGGCGCCUUACGAAAACUGUCACGUAUGGGAAGAUUUUCUGAUGUUUGGAAAUAUUAAUUGA